AUGGCGUCGGUUCGGGUGGCUGUCCGGGUUCGACCUAUGAACAGACGGGAGAAGGACUUGAUGGCCAAGCGCAUCAUCAAGAUGGACGGCAGCAAAACCUCCAUCAUCAACCCGAAGGUGCCGUACCGCUCCGAAGGCGACCCCGGCAGGGAUUCCGCCAAGACCUUUACGUAUGACUUCUCCUACGACUCGUCCGACUCGGGGAGCUCCGCUUUCGUCACGCAGGAGAAGGUCUUCCGAGAUUUGGGCUCCGAUGUGCUGAAGGCGGCUUUUGAAGGCUACAACGCCUGCAUCUUCGCCUACGGUCAGACGGGAUCGGGGAAGUCCUACACCAUGAUGGGAAAUCCGGGAGACGCCGGCUUGAUCCCGCGGAUCUGCGAGGGUUUGUUCGGCCGAGUGGCCGACGCCGCCCGACGUGACGAAGCGUCCUUCAGAGCAGAAGUCAGUUACCUGGAGAUCUACAACGAGCGCGUCAGGGACCUUCUGAGGAGGAAGUCAAUGGAGACGUACAACCUGAGAGUUAGGGAGCACCCAAAAGAUGGACCCUACGUAGAAGAACUAUCCAAGCAUUUGGUGCAGAACUACAGCGAUGUGGAGGAGCUGAUGGAGGCGGGAAACAUCAAACGCACCACCGCCAGCACCGGCAUGAACGACGUCAGCAGCCGUUCGCACGCCAUCUUCACUGUCAACUUCACGCAGGCAAAGUUCGACGCGGAGAUGCCGAGUGAGACGCUGAGCAAGAUCCACCUGGUGGACCUGGCCGGCAGCGAACGAGCCGACGCCUCCGGAGCCACCGGCGUCCGCCUCAAGGAAGGCGGCAACAUCAACAAGUCGCUGGUCGCGCUCGGCAACGUCAUCUCGGCUCUCGCCGACCUCUCGCAGGACGCCGUCGCCAACGGCAACCAGAAGAGGAAGUCAGUCUUCGUGCCCUACAGAGACUCUGUGCUGACGUGGCUUCUAAAAGACAGUCUGGGCGGCAACUCCAAGACCAUCAUGAUCGCCACCGUGUCCCCCGCCGACGUCAACUACGGCGAGACGCUGAGCACACUACGCUACGCUAACCGCGCCAAGAACAUCGUCAACAAGCCCACUGUCAACGAGGACGCCAACGUCAGGCUCAUCCGGGAACUGCGGGCGGAAAUUGCUCGACUCAAAGCUCUGCUGGUUCAGGGCAACCAGGUGGCUCUGCUGGACUCACCCACGGCACUCAGCAUGGAGGAGGAGCUACACCAGAACGAAGCCAGAGUACUGGAGCUGACCAAAGAGUGGACCAACAAGUGGAACGAAACUCAGAAUAUCCUCAAGGAGGAGACUCUGGCACUACGCAAGGAAGGCAUCGGCGUGGUGCUGGACUCGGAGCUGCCGCACCUCAUCGGCAUCGACGACGACCUCCUCAGCACCGGCAUCAUCCUCUACCACCUCAAGGAGGGACGAACGUACGUGGGCAGAGAGGACGCGGCCACAGAGCAAGACAUCGUCCUUCACGGCGCGGACGUGGAGAGCGAGCACUGCGUGUUGGAGAAGCGAGGCGCCGCGGUGACGUUGGUGCCGCUGGGCGCCGCGCCGUGCUCCGUCAACGGGACCCGCGUGGACGCUCCCACGCGCCUCAAUCAAGGCGCCGUGCUCCUGCUGGGCAGGAGCAACACUUUCCGUUUCAACCAUCCCAAAGAAGCGGCCAAGCUGCGCGAGAAACGCAAGAGCGGCCUUUUGUCCACCUUCAGCCUUUCUAUGAGCGACCUAUCCGAGUACCGCCGGAACCUUCCCGCCGACAUUGGGCGCCGGGGGCCGAACCGGUCGCGGGCGAGCGUGUACGAACGCCUCGGCGACUUCCCGGCGGAGGAGAAGCAACGCUCUGAGGAGCCCGCCGGGAUUCUGCGCGAGCUCUCGGAAGACGGGAUCAACGCUUACAUCGAAGAGGAGGUUCGGCGGAGGCUACGGCAGAUGGCGCUUCCCAAUGGAAGCGUGACGGAGCCGUCGCUCUCCUGGGAAUCGCCACAGCGUUGCCAUCGCGUGGCAGAUACGCCGCCGCCACCGCCUCCUCCCGCGGCCGACGAGGAGCGAAUCCGCAUCAACAUCCCUCGUUACGUCCUGCGAGGUCAAGGCAAGGACGAGCACUUCGAGUUCGAGGUCAAGAUGAGCGUCAAAGACGACACGUGGACUGUGUUCAGACGUUACAGUCGCUUUCGGGAGAUGCACAAAAGCCUCAAGUUGAAAUAUCCUCAGCUGGCAACUUUAGAAUUCCCGCCCAAGAAAAUAUUUGGAAACAAAGACGAAAGGAUGGUGGAUGAACGAAGGAACCGACUGGAGCAUUACCUGAGGAAUUUGUUUGCGGUGAUGACAACGUCAUCGGGCUCGCCGCUGUACGCCGCCGACACGUCGGAGGAUCCCGAGCACGCCUGGCGCCUGUCCAAACAUUCCGUCUGCGAGUUGUCUUCCUUCUUCAAGAAAGGAGUCUUCGAGAGCGGUCGCCACGGCACCGGCUGA